CAGCAGCAGCAGCAGCAUCUGGACAAGCCUCGGUCAGCUGUCUGCACAUCACUGGACCGUCACAUACUUCAGUUACAGUGUAUCGGGUGUCAAAACAGGCUGAAGUUACAGUGCCUGCUUUGAUAUACUCACUCAUUAUGGAGUAAUGAAUGAACUCAGAAAUGGAUGCUUCUCAUCUUGAAUCUCCAUUAUUGUCCCAAGCUUCUCCUAUCCCUACAGCUCUCUCUGCAUCAGGACACACCAUUUGUCCAAUGUCCUCGUCAUUAUCAAGACCUAGCCCCUCCCUUUCAACAAUGACUCCGCCCACACCCCUUGCCUUUCAGACAGGUCGCUCACAGCUGAAUUCAGCCAGUAAUUCCCAUACUGACUUUCCAGGACAAUCAUCAUCGUCUCCACAGGGUGAAAUCCCAGAGAAGCUGAGCAUUGACGAGCUUAAAAAGAGGGCUAAGAAUGGAGAUGCCAAAGCACAGACAGAGAUUGGUAGGUAUUACCUGAGACUAGCUGAACAAGAAGAUGAGGAGGUGAAUUGCGUUACCGCGGUUACAUGUCUGCUCCAGGCGGCAAAGAAUGGCCGAAAAGAUGCAGUGAAACUUCUUCAACACUGCCUGCAUGAGAGGAGAGGUAUCACAGCUGAAAAUAGAGAGGAAGUGCGUUCACUAGCAUGCGAAUCUCGUUUCGAACGCAGUGUCAGGAAAGCAGCUCUGCUCAUGUACUGGAAACUUAAUCCAGAGAGGAAGAAAAAGAUCACUGCCUCUGAACUACUGGAAAACAUGAGCCAUCUCAACACUGAGACAGAUGGCGCUCCCAUCAGCCCUCUCUCCAGCCCAGCACAAAAACAAAGGAAAGUUUUGGAGAGUCUGGUAUCAAGAGAUGGGACUGAUUACGUAGAUCUAGAGGAGUUUAUUGAGAAUGCGAAGCAAUAUGCUCAGGGUAUCUCACCAACACCUGCCAUGGAAGGAGUAUCAGUUGAUGAUGAUGAUGAUGAUGACGAAGAGCCAGUGAAGAACCCAGACGAACUGCCUUUGCAUCAAAAGGUGUUGAAGUUUCCCCUUCAUGCUGUGUUGGAAGUGAAAGAGGUGCUGAUUGACUGGGCGUCUCGUGCAGGAAUGCAGUGGAUUAGCGCCCUUAUUCCCACACAUCACGUCAAUACUCUUAUCUUCUUCUUCAUCAUCUCCAAUCUUACUCUGGAGUUCUUUGUCCUUGUCAUUCCCCUCAUCAUAUUCUACCUCUGCUUUGUGUCAAUGGUCAUCUGUACGCUCCGAGUAUUCCAGAACAGCAAGGCUUGGGAGAACUUUCGUGCACUAACAUCCAUGCUUGCUCAUUUCGAACCGAGCAUUGACCUCGAGCAGGCCGAGUCUAACUUCACUUGGAACCAUCUGGAGCCAUACCUCUAUUUCCUCCUCUCCAUGCUAUUUCUAAUACUUUCAUUUCCUCUUGCUGACGAAUCCUGGCUGCCAUGUUCGGAACUGGCUACCGUUGCAUUUUUUUUCACCGUAAGCAGCUACUUAAGUUUGCGACCAGCAGCACAGCAACAUGCCAAUCUCGCUCUGCUCGUGCAAGUUGCCUCCGCUAUUUGUAUGCUCAUUAAUCAUUUGCUGGGUGGCUGGAUAGGUUGUAUAGUGGGUGGUUCUUGGUUUAGCAUACACCUUAGUGACCUGUUGGUACUGAACAUGGGUGUGCCUUGUAUUUUGUACCUCUACCUCCUAUACCUUUGUACUCGUAUGGCCUCUACAGGGGGGACACGUGGCACUUACUGCGUGCUGCUCCCUUACUUAGUAUGCUUCAUCUGGUGUGAGCUAACCAUCACACUAAUUCAAGAGUCCACAGCAUUGGGACUAAUGCGCACCGCUGUGGGCUACCUCCUUUUUUUCUUUGCUUUACCCGUGCUGUCACUGGCUCUUGCCGCUGUAAUGCUGGUGCAAUUAGUGCAGUGGUUCCUUGCUCUGGAACUGGCCAAAAUGGCUUUAACUGUGUGCGUUUGCAUGCUGCCCGUCCUCCUGCGCUGGUGGACACGUUUUAGCGUGUCGCCACUAGCGGUGUUGCGCUCUUUGCAUCGUAGCAGCGUGGUCAAGUUGAUCCUCGUUUGGAUUUCAGCCCUGGUGCUUUUCAGCUGGUUUUAUGUGUACCGUUCAGAGGGAAUGAAGAUAUACAACUCAACUCUGACUUGGCACCAGUACAGCGACCUCUGCGGCCCUCGUGCCUGGAAGGAGCGUAACAUGGCACACACCCAGAUACUCUGCAGCCACUUGGAGGGUCACCGCGUUACGUGGGAGGGCCGGUUUAAGUAUGUUCGUGUCACUGAGAUUGAGAAUGGUGCACAAACUAUUAUUAAUCUCCUACCGGUCUUUAUAGCGGACUGGGCUCGCUGUCUAUAUGGAGAGGAGUAUCCUGCCUGUAACACAAGCUUGCCAGGGCCCACAGAGACACUAUGCCAGCUCAAGACACUCGCAAAUCAUAAGUGCCAUGUAGAACGUUUCGACCACUACAAGUUUGAAGUGACUAUGGGGAUGCCGCAGGAGAAGAAGGGGCGAAACGGAGGGCAAGAUAUUGACGAUGCAACCAAAGAUAUUGUGCUCCGGGCUAGCAAUGAAUUCCGUGGCGUUUUGCUGGAACUUAGCUCAGGCAGUGUGGUGGAGUUUAGUACGGUACUUGAAGGCAGACUGGGCAGCAAAUGGCCAGUGUUUGAGCUCAAAGCGCUACACUGCAAGACAUGCGCCUCACCACUUGUACCAAUACGAAGACAGGUCAAGAUCGAGCAGGACUGGAGAGUUAAUGCUAGAAAUGCCUUUGCGUUUGCCUUCAAUUUCUUGUUUCACCCCCUACUUUCGGUUGAAGUGGAUGUUGAUGUAGCUACUACAGAAGUGUCUGUAUGAAGCUAGUUAUCCGAUUAACCAAGUUCAUCCUUGGCAUACACUGCAGUAUUAAACUAAAUCCCAAGUGCUGGGAGACUGUCGAGAUUUUGUCAAGUGCUUUUAAUGAAAGCGCUUUCAAAAAAGGCAUUUUCAUCUUGUUUUGUGUGUUGCAUGAAAGCCAAUAAAUAAGCAAGACUGUCCUUCAGUAGCUGCUAUGAGAUCACUACAAUCCCUGAACAACACUGAUUCAACAGUUUUCAAUAUGAAUCACAUCUAUAUCAUGGGGAAAUUCACAAUCAUAUGCCUUAGUUAUAUGCCAUUUGAUAUGGACUAACUGACUUGUAUACAAUGAAGAAGCUCCCUCUUUUGUUACAUUUACAUUUAUGCAUUUGGCAGACGCUUUUAUCCAAAGUGACUUACAGUGCACUUAUUACAGGGACAAUCCCCCUGGAGCAAUCUGGAGUUAAGUGCCUUGCUCAAGGACACAAUGGUGGUGGCUGUGGGGAUGCAACCAGAAACCUUCUGAUUAACAGUUAUGUGCUUUAGCCCACUACGCCACCACCUUUUAUUCAGCUGAUAUUUAUUAUUACUGUAUAUCUAAUUUAGUUAAUAACAAAAUGGCAUUAGAUUGUCUUGUUUUUCAGAGAAGUCUAACAAACUUGUGUGCACUUUCUACUUUAACACUAUAAAUCUGCCAGUGGGAUAUGAAAAAUAAACAUGUUAUUUCUUUGUAUUAAAUAAAUUUUUCUUACCCCAAUGGCAAAUAGUAAAACCAAUUUUUUUGUUAGAUUUCUGUGUAAACAAGCCUUGGGGAUAGUUCACCCAAAAAUGAAAAUUAUCUCAUCAUUUACUCACCCUCAAGACAUCCCAGAUCUGCUUGAAUUUCUUUCUUCUGCUGAACACAAACAAAGAUUUAUAGAAGAAUAUCUCAAGUCCAUACAAUGCAAGUGAAUGGUACCACAAUUUUGAAGUUCCAAAAUGAAUAUAAAGGCAGCAUAAAAUAAAUCCAGAAGACUACAGUGGUUAAAUCUAUAUCUUCAGAAGCAAUUUGAUAGCUGUGUAAGAAACAGUUCAAUAUUUAAGUUCUUUUUUUUACUAUAAAUUAUCCUCACUGCCUAGUAGGUGGUGAUAUGCACAAAUAAUGCAAAUCUGCAAAAACAAAUGAAGAAGAAAGUGAAAGUGGAGAUUAAUAGUAAAAAAAGUACAUUUAGAUUUUUUCCUAUCUACCAUAUAGCUUCUGAAGAUAUGGGUUAUAUCACUUGAGUCUUAUAGAUUGCCUUUAUGUCCUUUUGGAGCUUCAAAAUGUUGGUACCCAUUCACUUGCAUUGUCAGGACCUACAGGGCUGAAAUAUUCUUCUAAAAAAUCUUUGUUUGUGUUCAGCAGAAGAAAUAAAGUCAUACAUAUGAUGGCAUGAGUGUGAGUAAAUGAUGAGAAUAUUUUUAUUUUUAGGUGAACUAUACCUUUAAUAUCUUGUUAUUUUGCUUGUCAAGUAAAUUUGACUUGUUUUAAGGACGUUUAGAUAUUUUUACUGGAAAACAUGACAAAAAUACUGAUUUAGAAUAUGAUUUUUUUGCAGAGUGUCUGUUUUUGACUUAGAUUAGCAACAGUGUAUUUUUGAAGAUGUACUGUAACUGUGCAUUAUUUUCAUAAUUUAAGGCAUAUAUAGAACAAAAAUGAAAAUUAUUAGAUUUUUCUGUGAAAAUGCUGUAUGAUAGAUUUCUUUGACAAGUCUACAGAUCUCCUUUUAUACAUACAAAUAAAAGGUU